GUGGUUUCAUCCCAACAUCAGUGGAAUUGAGGCUGAGAAGCUGCUCCUGACCAGGGGUGUCCAUGGCAGCUUUCUGGCUCGACCCAGUAAGAGCAACCCAGGAGACUUCACUCUCUCUGUCAGAAGAAACGAUGAGGUGACACACAUCAAGAUCCAGAACACAGGGGAUUACUACGACCUGUAUGGAGGGGAGAAGUUUGCCACCCUUGCAGAGCUGGUGCAGUACUACACGGAGCAGCAAGGGCUGCUGCGGGAGAAGAACAGCAAUGUCAUCGAGCUGAAGUACCCUCUCAACUGCCAGGACCCCACCUCAGAGAGGUGGUACCACGGGCACCUCACCGGCAAGGAGGCAGAGAAGCUUCUGACGGAGAAGGGGAAACCAGGGAGCUUCCUGGUGCGGGAGAGCCAGAGCAAACCGGGAGACUUUGUCCUCUCAGUGCUGACAAAUGAGGAUAAGAUGGAGACUGGGGACCGGAAACCACACGUGACCCAUGUCAUGAUCCACUACCAGCCAGAUGGGAAGUAUGAUGUAGGGGGAGGAGAGAGGUUUGACACGCUCACAGACCUGGUGGAGCACUAUAAGAAGAACCCCAUGGUGGAGAAAUCGGGCGCUGUGGUUCAUCUGAAGCAGCCAUUCAACGCCACGCGCAUCAACGCCGCUAACAUUGAGAACAGAGUGAAGGAGCUGAACAAGAUGGCAGACCACAGUGAGAAGGCCAAGCAAGGGUUCUGGGAGGAGUUUGAGAUGCUGCAGCAGCAAGAGUGCAAGCUCCUCUACCCCAGGAAGGAGGGACAACGACCGGAGAACAAGGCAAAGAAUCGCUAUAAGAACAUCCUUCCCUUUGAUACCACACGGGUGGCUCUCCGAGACGUGGAUGAGAGCGUGCCUGGGUCCGACUACAUCAAUGCCAACUACAUCAAGAGCAUCCCUGAAGAUGGAAAGAACUCGGAGCACUGCAAGAUCUAUAUAGCCACCCAGGGCUGCCUGCAGACAACAGUGAACGACUUCUGGGCCAUGGUGUAUCAAGAGAACAGUCACGUCAUUGUAAUGACAACCAAGGAGGUGGAGCGGGGCAGGAACAAGUGCUUCCGUUACUGGCCAGACAAGAGCUGCACCAAGGAGUACGGGUGCAUCUGCGUGCGGAACGCGAGCGAGCGGGAGGCCCAGGGCUACUACCUGCGGGAGCUGGAGAUCCUCAGGACCGACAGGGAUGAGCGCCCGAGGCUGGUGAAGCACUAUCAGUAUUUCAGCUGGCCAGACCACGGGGUGCCCAAUGAGCCUGGGGGGGUUCUGAGCUUUCUGGACCAAGUGAAUCGGGCACAGCGAAGCAUUCCAGACACGGGGCCGAUCAUAGUGCACUGCAGUGCUGGAAUAGGACGCACGGGCACCAUCAUAGUGAUAGAUAUUCUGGUGGAUAUUAUUCACAGACAAGGGCUGGACUGUGACAUCGACAUCCCCAAGACCAUCCAGAUGGUGCGUCGGCAGCGCUCGGGGAUGGUGCAGACGGAGGCCCAGUACAAGUUUGUUUACAUGGCUGUGCAGCAGUACAUUGAAGCCGAGCAGAAGAGGUUGGAAGAAGAACAGAGGAGUAAAAGGAAAGAGCGGGACUACUUGAAUAUUGGCUACUCUCCCAUGGAAAAGGGCAGAGCCAAGGGGCAGCCCCCUUCACCACGGACCCACACUGUGGUUGAUGAUGAGUCAGCUUCCGUCUACGAGAACCUGAACAUCAAAAGCCCCAAGGUUUCAGGGAUGAGUAACACGGGGCGAUAAAGGAGCCGGCGUGAGCUGUGUGGAGGCUGUACAGG